CUCCCUCCGAUACCAAUCAAAGUGCAAAGGCUGCGUCGGGUGUGUUUGUGAGGGAAACCCUGGACCCAGAGGUGAACCUGGAAUAGACGGCUUGCCAGGCGUACAAGGAGAUUAUGGACCCCUAGGACCAGAGGGACCUUAUGGUGCCAAAGGAAAGCCAGGGAGUUUUGGAGAACCUGGUUAUCCAGGAGCCAAAGGAAUGCGAGGUGACGAUGGUCCAAGUGGUUUAAAUGGAUCUCCUGGAUUGAAUGGUAGACCAGGGCUUCCAGGAUCUCCUGGACCAAAAGGAUUGCCGGGAUGUGAUGGUUCAAAGGGUAAGAGGGGUAAAGUUGGUCCUACGGGAUUAAGUGGUCCACCUGGGUCACCAGGUUUCCCUGGCAUGAAGGGAGUGAGUGGAAAGCCCGGUUUAUUUGGUGAGAUAGGAGAUGACGGUCCUCAAGGAAUGACUGGUGAUCCUGGAGAUUCAGUUGGCCCAAUCGAGCCAAGUUUUGGCCGACCUGGGGAAAAAGGACUGAGAGGGGAUCCAGGCGACAAAGGCAUGAAAGGGAGGCAAGGUGAGAUGGGGGAUAAAGGUGAUGAUGGCUUUCCAGGUGCUGAUGGUUUUCAAGGUCGCAAGGGAGAACCAGGAUAUGCCGUCAAAGGAAUGAAAGGAAAUGAUGGUUUACCGGGUCAAGAUGGUCUCCCGGGAUUGCAAGGUGACCCAGGACCGAUGGGUAUGAAAGGGGAUCCAGGUUUUGUUGGCGACACAGUUAAAGGUGCUGCAGGACUUCCCGGCACACCUGGUCGCGAUGGCUCUCCCGGCUUGCCUGGACCUCCAGGGGCAGUUGGAUAUAUUGGAUAUCCUGGACCUAAGGGACCUCCCGGCCCCAAAGGCAAGCCGGGACAAGAUGGUAUGACUGGUCCUGUUGGUCCGAUUGUAAGACGUUUAUUUUUUAUUCAUUACACUAACAAUUUUGAUGUUGCUAUUGUAUUUUUUGUGUGA